AUGCGGAUUCUCAGCCUCCUCUUUCUACUUCUGCUGGGCUUCCUGGCCGGUAAUCGAGUAGUAUCUGCAACUGACCAUGGCAAGACCACGGACGUGACGUGGGACCGAUACAGCCUCUCUGUCAAGGGAGAGAGACUCUUCGUCUUCUCGGGGGAGUUCCACUACCAGAGGCUUCCUGUGCCGGAGAUGUGGCUAGACGUCUUCCAGAAACUGCGAGCCAAUGGGUUCAAUGCCAUCUCAGUAUACUUCUUCUGGGGCUACCACAGCGCCUCAGAGGGAGAAUUUGACUUCGAGACUGGGGCGCAUAAUAUCCAGCGGCUGUUCGAUUACGCGAAAGAAGCGGGUAUCUAUGUGAUUGCUCGAGCAGGUCCGUACUGCAACGCCGAGACUACGGCCGGUGGAUAUGCCCUGUGGGCGGCGAAUGGACAGAUGGGCAACGAAAGAACGAGCGACGAUGCAUACUACGCGAAAUGGCGGCCGUGGAUCUUGGAGGUUGGCAAAAUCAUCGCCGCCAACCAGAUCACGAAUGGAGGGCCCGUCAUUCUGAACCAGCAUGAGAAUGAGCUUCAAGAGACGUCGUACGAGGCGGACAAUACCCUUGUUGUGUACAUGAAGCAGAUCGCGCGGGUGUUCCAGGAAGCAGGGAUCGUUGUCCCGAGCAGCCAUAACGAGAAAGGCAUGCGAGCCGUCAGCUGGUCUACCGACCAUCAUGAUGUCGGGGGCGCGGUCAAUAUCUACGGACUGGAUUCGUACCCCGGUGGACUAUCCUGCACGAAUCCCAGCUCUGGGUUCAAUCUCGUCCGGACGUACUACCAGUGGUUCCAGAACUCCUCCUACACACAGCCCGAGUAUCUGCCUGAGUUCGAGGGAGGUUGGUUCCAGCCCUGGGGAGGCCAUGACUACGACACCUGCGCCACGGAACUAUCGCCAGAGUUUGCCGACGUCUACUAUAAGAACAAUAUUGGCUCUCGGGUGACGUUGCAGAACAUUUAUAUGGUGUUCGGCGGCACCAACUGGGGCCAUAGUGCCGCACCCGUCGUGUACACCUCCUACGACUACAGCGCGCCUCUGCGGGAGACUCGGGAGAUCCGGGAUAAGCUGAAGCAGACCAAGCUCAUUGGCCUGUUCACCCGAGUGUCGAGCGAUCUGCUGAAGACGCACAUGGAAGGCAACGGUACCGGGUACACCAGCGACAGUAGCAUCUAUACCUGGGCUCUUCACAACCCCGAUACGAACGCUGGGUUCUAUGUGCUUGCACACAAGACCAGCUCAUCCCGAAGCGUAACCGAGUUUUCUCUCAACGUGACCACUUCUGCUGGCGCAAUUUCCAUUCCGGAUAUCCAGCUAGAUGGUCGUCAAAGCAAGAUCAUCGUGACUGACUAUCAGUUUGGGAAAAGCUCAGCUCUGCUGUACUCAUCGGCCGAGGUCCUGACAUACGCUAACCUUGACGUGGAUGUCCUUGUCUUGUAUCUAAAUGUCGGACAAAAGGGAUUAUUCGUGUUCAAGGAUGAACGGUCCAAACUCAGUUUCCAGACAUACGGCAAUACCAACGUCACGGCAUCGGUGUCCAGCCACGGCACACAAUACAUCUACACGCAGGCAGAGGGCGUCACCGCAGUGAAAUUCUCCAACGGUGUGUUGGCUUACCUCCUGGAUAAGGAGUCUGCUUGGAAUUUCUUUGCGCCUCCGACGACGUCGAACCCGCAAGUUGCGCCGGAUGAACACAUCCUGGUCCAGGGACCGUAUCUGGUUCGCGGGGUCACCAUCAACCACGAUACGGUGGAGAUCAUAGGUGACAAUGCAAACACUACUUCUCUCGAGGUAUAUGCCGGCAACUUACGGGUGAAGGUGGUGAAAUGGAACGGAAAAGCAAUAAAGAGCAGAAGAACCGCCUAUGGCAGUCUGGUCGGCAGAGCGCCUGGAGCGGAAGAUGCCAGAAUCUCCCCUCCUUCGCUGGAUUCGUGGAGCGCGCAGGAUACUCUUCCAGACAUUCAGCCCGACUACGACGACUCCAGGUGGACUGUCUGCAACAAAACCGCCUCCGUCAACGCCGUGCCGCUGCUCUCUCUUCCUGUCUUGUACUCCGGAGACUACGGUUACCAUGCAGGCACCAAAGUCUACCGAGGCCGAUUUGACGGACGCAACGUCACGGGCGCCAAUGUGACGGUGCAGAACGGGGUUGCCUCUGGAUGGGCAGCGUGGCUGAACGGGCAGUUUGUGGGAGGCGUUGCGGGGGCUAUCGACCUUGCCGUAACCUCUGCUGUGCUCUCGUUCAACAGCUCCUUACUCCAUGAUCGCGAUAACGUCCUCACCGUGGUCACAGACUACACGGGCCACGACCAGAACAGCGUCAGGCCGAAGGGAACACAGAAUCCGCGCGGGAUACUGGGUGCGACGUUGAUUGGAGGAGGCAAAUUUACCUCGUGGCGUAUCCAAGGCAAUGCAGGCGGCGAGAAGAACAUCGACCCCGUACGUGGCCCCAUUAACGAGGGGGGCCUGUACGGCGAGCGCAUGGGCUGGCAUCUGCCCGGAUACAAGGCCCCCAGAUCCGCCGCGAAGAGCAGUCCGUUAGACGGGAUAUCUGGCGCUGAAGGCCGCUUCUAUACCACCACGUUCACGCUGAAGCUCGACAGGGAUCUAGACGUCCCCAUCGGGCUGCAGCUGGGGGCGCCCGCCGGGACCCAGGCGGUCGUCCAGGUGUUUAUGAACGGAUACCAGUUCGGCCAUUACCUCCCCCACAUUGGACCGCAGAGUCUCUUUCCGUUCCCACCGGGCGUGAUUAAUAACCGUGGGGAAAACACGCUGGCGAUCAGCAUGUGGGCGUUGACUGAUGCGGGCGCGAAGUUGGAUCAGGUGGAGCUGGUGGCGUACGGCAAGUAUCGCAGUGGAUUUGACUUUAAUCAGGACUGGGGCUACCUGCAACCGCAGUGGAAGGACAACCGGCGCCAGUAUGCAUGA